UUUCUAGAUUUAUUUUCCGAUCCGCUCUAACGAAGGAGUGAAAAAUCGCAUCGCCUUUCAGAAGCAAUGUAGCAGAACAGAGGACACUAUCUCUUCGGUCCAGAGAGCGGGAGGGAGUUUGGAUAAUAACCCAUGCUAGAGGAGAGGCGGCGGCAGCAACAGCAACUUCUUCGGAGUCCAAUAGAAAGAAAAUGCUUCUAUAUUCUUCAGAGGACAAAGACGAGGAAAACCCUCCUGCAAAUCCACGCUCUUAUGCUUCGGAACGCCAUCGAAACCAAUGUCAGCCUUCUCACAAAAUUCAUUACCACCUCUGCCUCUCUUGCUCUUGUAGCUUGCAUACCUGAACCACUCGCUAUUGUACGUAAUGCCCGCCUGAUGUUUGAUAGUUGGGCCCACAAAGACGAUACUUUACUUUGCAAUUCCAUGAUCAGAGCUCAUGUGGGUAUGCGUCAAUUUGCCGAGUCUUUCAUUCUGUAUAAGGAUCUUAGGAGGGGCACAGGUUUCCUUCCCGAUAAUUUCACAUUUACUGUGUUGGCCAAGUCCUGCGCUAAUAUGGCCAUUUGGGAAGGUCUAGAGAUACAUGGUCAUGUUGUAAAGAAUGGGUUUUGUUUAGAUUUGUAUGUUUCAACAGCAUUGAUUGACAUGUAUGCAAAGUUGGGGGAGUUGGGUAUGGCAAGAAAACUGUUUGAUGAAAUGAAGGAAAGAAAUCUGGUAUCAUGGACAGCUCUCAUUGGUGGUUACGUCAGGUCUGGAUGUAUGGGUAGUGCAAGGGUACUUUUUGAUAAGAUGCCUGUAAAAGAUUCCGCAGCAUAUAAUGUAAUGCUCGACGGUUACGCUAAAGUUGGAGAUAUGGACUCAGCUCGAAGUUUGUUUGAGAAUAUGCCUGAUAGGAAUGUGAUCUCUUGGACCAGUAUGAUAUACGGAUAUUGCAAUAUUGCUGAUGUUUUAUCUGCUAGAUCGCUAUUUGAUGCCAUGCCAGAGAAGAACCUUUUGUCUUGGAAUGCAAUGAUCAGUGGAUAUUCCCAAAAUAAAGAACCCCAUGAAGCAUUGAGAUUGUUUCAUGAAAUGCAGACAAGCACGUCAUUUGAACCAGAUAAAGUUACAAUCGUAAGCAUCCUACCAGCUAUAGCUGAUUUGGGUGCUCUUGAAGUGGGAGGUUGGGUUCAUCAAUUUGCUCGCAUGAAGAAAAUUGAUAGAGCACCUAAUGUCUCUACUGCGCUGGUCCAUAUGUAUGCAAAAUGUGGUGAAAUUUUGAAAGCAAGAAGAGUUUUUGACAAUAUGUCUAACAAGGGACAAGCGUCUUGGAAUGCUUUAAUAAAUGGAUUUGCAAUUAACGGGUGUGGUGACGAAGCAUUAAAAGCAUUUUUGGAGAUGCAAAGUGAAGGAGUUAAACCAAAUGAUAUAACUAUGAUAGGUGUUUUGUCUGCAUGUAACCAUAGUGGUCUGAUAGAGGAUGGGAAGAGAUGGUUUAGAGCAAUGAAUGAGCUUGGGCUGACACCAAAAAUUGAUCAUUAUGGAUGUAUGGUUGAUUUAUUAGGUAGGGCAGGACUCUUGGAGGAAGCUGACAAGCUGAUCAAGAGUAUGCCUUACGAGGCUAAUGAAAUAAUUCUGAGUUCUUUCCUAUUUGCUUGUGCAAAUUCUAAGGAUGUUAACAGGGCUCAGAAAGUAUUAAAUGAGGCUCUUAUUAUGGAGCGAUGGAAUGAUGGAAAUUAUGUUAUGUUGAGGAACCUGUAUGCCAUGCAGCAAAGAUGGAGAGACGUUGAGGUAAUUAAGCAAUUGAUGAGAAGAAAUGGGGCAAAGAAAGAGACAGGUAGUAGUUCUAUAGAGGUUGAUGGUAGAGUUUCUGAGUUCAUAGCUGGAGGUACACAACACCCACAAUGGAAUUCAAUACAAUCGCUGCUGGGGCGGCUGUUGAUACAUAUGAAGGACUAAGGGGUACAAGGUGUUAUCUGUUAUCUAGUUACUUUGUUUAAAAUAUAAAAAUAUUUUGUUUUUGAAAUUUAAUAUAAAUUUUUUUUACAACAUUUUUGUAUUU